AUGGCCGACGAUGACCAGUCCUCCCUUCAGCUGCAGCUAGUGCAGCUGCUAGGUCCGGUGCGAGACCCGCUGUCCACGGUGGUGCCCAUGACCAUCCUCUACUUGCUGCUGCUGCUGACAGGCACACUGGGCAACAUCUGCACUUGCAUCGUCAUUGCGCGAAACAAGUACAUGCACACGGCCACCAACUACUACCUCUUCAGCCUGGCCGUCUCUGACCUGCUGCUGCUGGUGCUGGGCAUUCCCCAGGAGCUCUUCUCCCUCUGGCAAAAAUACCCCUACACUUUGGGCGAAUUUUGGUGCGUCCUGCGAGGCUUCGGCUCAGAAACCUCUACUAACGCCUCGAUUCUACUGAUAAGUGCAUUCACCGUGGAGCGCUUCUUCGCCAUCUGCAAUCCACUGAAGAGUCACACCAUGUCGCAGUUGCCGCGAGCCAUCAAAAUUAUUCUCAUCAUCUGGGUCGUGUCGGCGCUUUCGG